CUGAAACUGAUUUGAUUACAAAACAUUGAGAAUUUGAGAGAAUCGAGCUUCGGAUUACUUCGACGAUGUCCGGUCGAAUGCUGAAGAAAGUUUUGAGGGAACAAGAAGAAGAACACGGACACGUAAUAGAAUCCGAAUCAGAAGGAGAAGAAGAAAGCCAGCAGCUCAACGGAAAAGCUAAAUUCAAUCCCUUCGAUCUCCUCAACGACGACGGGGACAACGACGACGACCACCAGGGGGAUGAACCUGAAACUGUUGAUGAACACUUGGUUGUUGUGCCUGAGCUGAAAACGAAGGUCGGUGUAGCGUCAACCAACAAUCAGAAAUCAAAGAAGAAGAAAAAGAAGAAAAACAAAGAGGCUUCUUAUUCUUCUUCGGGUGCUUCCAAUGUAGAAAAGCCCCUGGAUGUGAUUCUUGAGUCGAUCUCUUUGGAUGGCCCCGAAAAAGCAGCCAGCGGAAAAGGUUGUGAGAAUUUGACUAAGCCAUGUGCGCCCUCUGCGUUACAAGUGGAUCCCAAGUACUUAAAUGCUGAAAAUGAGCUGCGGAGAAUCUUUGGCUCUAAGGUGGUGAAGUCCUUUGAGAAACAUGAGCGAAGUGGUGGCAGUUCUAGAAUGGUGCGUGGUGGAAGACGUGCUGCUCAUAUUCCUAGAAAAACUAUACUUGUCACUGCAUCAGAGCAUUGGCAUCGCUGGGAUGGUUCUUUGUCCAUGGAAUUUCUUGGAGUGAUUGAUGGAUACCACCACUUUCGAUAUGUACAUUCCUCAUCCUACCUUCAAGCUCAGAGGGCAUUUGAAGCUGCCAAAGCUACACAUGACAUCAAUGGAAUUGCAAGUAUUUUGUUAUACAGUCCUUAUCAUUUGGAUUCGCUUAUAACCAUGGCAGAGUACUAUAAGUUUUCGGGUGAACAUCAAAUAUCAGCAGAACUUAUCUCGAAGUGCUUAUAUGCUUUGGAAUGUGCAUGGAAUCCAAUGUUCACCCCCUUGCAGGGCAAUUGCCAACUAAAAUACAGCCAUGAAACAAACAAGCCUCUGUUCACUGUACUUUUUACUCACAUGAGAAAUAUGGAUAGGCGUGGUUGCCAUCGAUCGGCUUUAGAAGUUUGCAAGUUGUUACUUUCACUAGAUUCUGAUGAUCCAAUGGGGGCCAUGUUCUGCAUUGACUAUUUUUCAUUGAGGGCGGAGGAGUAUGCAUGGCUAGAACGGUUCUCUGAAGAAUAUAAAAGUGAUAACUCCUUGUGGUUGUUUCCAAAUUUUUCAUAUUCCCUUGCCAUUUGCCGUUUGUAUCUUGAGAAAGAGGAAUCUUCAAAAGGUGCACCAGAAAAUGCUAAGUCCACUUCGGCUGAUCUUAUGAAGCAGGCAUUGAUGCUUCACCCCUCUGUUCUAAAGAAAUUAGUGGAAAAGGUGCCUUUGAAGGACAAGGUGUGGGCACAGAUACUUAAAAAUCCAUAUUUUCAAGCAGAUCAAGUAGGAAUCCCAUCCUUGGAUCACCUAAUAAACAUAUAUGUCGAGAGGAAUUUUCUUCUAUGGAGGCUUCCAGAUCUGCAAGAUUUGCUGAGGGAUGCUGCACAGCUUGUGAUCGAGACACUAAGACAUGAUAGUAGCGAGAAGAACGAUUGGGCAUGCGUGAGAAAAGAGGCAUUCUCAUCCGAGAAAAACGAGUACGCCCACUUGUUAGUUUCAGAUUUCUCUUUGUCAGUGCCAACUGCCCCACCGGAAGUUUUGCAACAAUUUUUGGGUGAUCCAAGGGAGGGCGGUCAUGCUCCCGGUAACGUUGCAAAUGUUGGCAAUCCAGUGGAGGGCGGCCAUGCUCCACGCGAUGUUGCAAAUCGAAAUGCAAUCGCAGUCUUGUUGGAGUCAUUUCUACCAUGGGCUCAUUAUGGAGAUAGAAACGGAGGCGGUGAGGAGGAAAAUCAACAAAAUGGACAGGGUCCAGGCAAUGGAUAGUUUCGAAUUCGAACGGAAGAAAACGAUGUAGGAACUUUCGGGAAAGAAAACUGUUGUUGAAUGACACAAUCGUGUUCCGUUGCUGGCGACUUCUGAAAGUUUUGCGGAUUUUUUGUUAAAGUACUAUAUUUUUAUGUUUUUUUGUCUGCCUAACAGGACCAAUUGAACCUUCCAUUGAAUCUAAAUACCAUUUGCACUUCCAUUUCUAUGUCA